AUGGGUGCGAGCUAUAGAGCUAAGAAACGCGCCCGACAUGCCAGACGAGUGCAACUAGAACGCACGGCCAGAGACCGUGAACCUACCCUCGAAGCAGAUGACGACUCGCCAAGUGCAUCGUCAGAUGAUGAGGACACGGAGCAGCCUCCUCGCAAGCAUCGCCGAAGAGAGGGCGCCCCGGUCGCCGUCCACGCCCCACCGGACGAGAUACGUGUGGCCAACGACGAGCGCGAUGCGGCUCUGGCACAUGUCGGUGCACUGUCGACACAGCUCUCGGUGCAAGGUGCCGCAAGUAGGGCUCAUGAAGAGGAGCUGUCAGAGUGUCGCGAGCAUGUAACACGUAUGGAAGCGGAAUGCGCACGACUCAGGGCGCGCGAGACCCGCCUCAAGCGCGACAAGUGCACUAUACGUGUGGAAGCCACGAAAGCGGCGGCACGAGCUGCUGAAAUGGCGGCGCAGGCUACUAAAGAGCUCUCUCUCAGGCUACAGAAGGCUAUCGAGUCAGAGACAAGUACACAGAAAGAGCGAGACUCACUGUCUGCACGACUUGCUGUAGCGACCGAGGAUCUCGCGCGGAAGGACGCCUUGAUUGCGAGCGCACGUAAGCGCGCAAAAGCUCACUAUAUGCGCGCUCGACGAGCGGGUGCGCGCGCGAAGGCGAACUCGACGACAUUGAAGCGGAUGAAGAGCCAAUUGAGUGGCCAGUGGCUCACGAAUCCUCGGGGCGCGUAUUCGUUCAAGGCACGGGAGCUUGUGCGUGCACUUGAGACGUGUGGCUGUGCUCCCGCGCGUAUUGGGACCGUUCUCGAGCGCAUCGCCGAGGCAUAUGGUGGCAAGGUGCCCCGAAAGAUCAGUCGGCGUAGCGUGGGUCGUAUCAAGAUGGAGGGUGGCUUGAUGGCGAAGGUUCAGCUGGCCUUCGAGAUUGCACAGGCAAAAGAACGAAAGAGGGGACUCACUCUGAGCGACGAUUGUACGUCUCUGGGCGGGAUCUCGCACAUGGCCCGCCAUAUCACCCUUGAGGUGCCGUCAUACGAGCCAGGUGCCGAUCCCUCUGCCUACACACACAAGACUCGAGUUGUAGACGUUUCGGCGCUGUUCAACCACACGAUUCUCACGCAGCUGGGAUCCUGGGAGAAGCUGGACGAAGAGCUCGAGAGGAUCUUGAGGCCAAUUGCUGCAGAGAUCGGUGUCGAAUACUGUAGUGAGGAUCUAUGGCGUGUCGUCCGAGGGAAAAUGGCAGACCAUGCUGCCGAUGGGCAGGGAUUGGGGCGUGAGUGCGAGGAGAAGAGGAUGAUGGUGGUCAAGAAGGACCUAGGACUCGCGGUGCUCUCGCGCAUCUCUGAUGAGGACGUCGAGAAGAUGAUCGCGGAUCGACGUCCCUUGCCUGCUGACUUCACCAUCGGCUGGGAGGAAGUUGCGCAUCUUCACCUAGCCUUGCAUCUCGGUGCCGAUGCAUUCGAUGGCCUGUCGCCAGAAGAACGCAAGCAACAUGAGCUGUUCAUCAUCGCUGGCUGUGGGAGCCACAAAGUUAUGAACGCAGAUUCUUCGUUCUGCGAUGGCAUGAGCGACGGAUAUGAUAGUCCCGUCGUGUUUGUAUUUGCAAUGCCCAAGCCUUGUCUUCUACCCAAUGCGGCAAACCGUGCAGCUAUCGACGCCGAUGUCCCGGGGGGGUCAGCAGCUAAACAGGCCAUUGCCGAGAGCAAGCACGGAGGUGUCAAGUUCUGUGGUCUACUUGGAGCUCUAUGCAAUAAUAAAGACGACAAACGCGGCUACCAGGACUUUCACCGAUGGUUCUUCGAGCUGAUCAAGUUCGAGAAGUGGGGCGAGUGUACGAGCGUGAAGUUCCCUGGCACAAGCCACAUCCGCUAUCAAUCGUAUCUGUUGGCCGCUGUUGAGGUCAUCAAGCUCCCCCCCGAGUACCGCCGAUUUCUAGAGCUUGCGCGCGACCGUAAGGGGGACCCUCGCAUGACCAAUAUUGAGCAUAACGUGUAUACUGCACUCAACGAUCCUGCGACGAUCACGGAGCUGGCAUGCAUGGCGCUCUACUACAUGCUCAUCUCUGCGCCAGCUAUGCGUGCUAUACGCGGACGUGGACGUCGUGGCAGUGAUGGACAGCGGACGAAGCCCCGAUUGAACUACGCCGACUGUGGCCCGAUCUACGACGAGAUCCUCAUGCAUCUCGAUCACGUCAUCUACAACGCCACAACGCUCUUCUGCUCACCCGGACUAGCUACCCGUGGAAAGCAAUGUGUCCUAUUUGGCGACAAGUGGGAAGAUCAGCACGCGAUCGAGGCCAUCGCGCAGGUUAUCCCUUCACUCCCUGCCUUCCGACAUCUCCUCGUCCAAGGCCUCCUCAAGGCACGCAGCUGCUGGGAUCGCUUCACCGAGAAGUUUGCAGGAGGCCUUCAGCUCGACGCGAUGACCUCUUCCGAGCGUCUGCUCUGCUACAUACCGGCAGAAAACGACGACAACGAGAGUCUUCUCGGACAGAUCCGGAAGUUCAUUCGUCUCAAUCCGAAUGCCUCAGCCCGCACAUUCUCCGACGGAGUGACCUACGCUCAGAACGACACGGAGGCCUUCGCACGGCGCUAUCUCAGCACUGACACGAUACAGCAGUACAUCAUGCAGCUCGCGCGGAAGCAGGAUGCACGCGGUGACGCAAAGAAGUUUCGUCGAGCUCUUCUUGAACACGAGGCGAAGAAGGCACAAGCAACCCGCGAUAAGCAACUGCACCGCGCCACCGUCGCUCGGAAGAAACGGGAUCAUAUAGACACUAUCAUCCCUUUACUAGACAAGGAUGCUGUGGCUGCAGAUGGGAUGACAAAGGCCAAACUCGUUGAUCAGUUGAAUUGGCACAAGGUCAUUCGCGAGGACAAGGACGUACCUGCCCUCAGUAAGUAUAAUAAAGCGGACUUGCAGAGGCUUCUUAUCGAAGCUUUGGGCCGCAUGCAGCUCUCCGCAUCGACGUCUCAGAUUGCCGCCGCCUUCCCCGGCUCAUCUCCUCUCGCAACCUCUUCCAUGAUCGGAGCAUUUGCUGCGACGUCUACCACUCUCCAGUCUGUUAUCACCAAAGCCGGGUUUGCCGUAGAUCGGCUGCCCGUAGAGUACGAUACCGAGGAUGAGGCCUAG